AUGUCAUCAGCCUCUUCCCAAGCCCACGCCAGAGCUCUAGUCCGGCAAGCAAGAGCAGCUGCUGAAUCUGGUGGAACAGGUACUCCAAUUCCAGGAGUCACUGAUGCGGUUAUUUGCGUCCUUUGCAAGAAACGAGUGAAAACCGGUCGUAUGUGGGCGAUUCAUUCCAAGACACCUCAACACCAGCAUCUAGUACAACGAUUACAACUGGCAUUGGUAUCACAAGAAAGUAAACCUGCUGCUACCGAGACAGAGGACAAUGAACAACAUGCAGAUAAAGGUGUUGAGGGAAAGAACGAAGAAAAAUCGGGAUUAUUGAGUGCUGGGUACGGUGAUGAUGAUGACAAUGAAAGCUCGGGGGAAUCUGAGGUUGAUGAUGGGAAGAUUCAAAACAGGCCCGAAACGCCACCUGCGGAUGAUGUUGUCGUACCUCCGCCACGGAAGGAAACUGAGAUGGAAGCUGUCGGCCCUAUACCGGCAAAUGAGGAUCUUCUUGAUAGCGACGAUAUUCGGAAUUAUGUUACAGCAGAGCUGGCUGGGUUGGUGGUGUCGGGAACAGUAUAUGAAUAUGAAAAUGGUGAGACGGGAGAACCAGCGAAGGGGAAAAGGAAGAGAAGGCCGAUGAAGAAAAAGAAAGCUUUGGGUACAUCAGCACUCCCAGAAGGGUUCUUCGAUGAUGAAGAUAAAGCGGCGGAGGUGUUUGGUCGUGAGGCCCCGAGUAAAAGGCGAGAUAAGGAUAUGCAGAUUGACAUGAAGAAAUUGGAACUCCAACUUGAUGCUGGCGAUAGACGGCAAUUGGUAGAAGGUAACACACGAAUUGAGGAGGAUUCAGAUAUCAUCACAGACGAGUAA